AUGGCCACUGCUAAAUCACUUCCAUUCAUAACCAAGGCCGAGCUCGAGGCUCAACGAAAAAGUUCUUCACAUGUUCUGGUAACUCUAAAUAAUCGAAAGGUCUAUGAUGUUACCGACUUUGUUGAAGCUCAUCCCGGUGGUGCUGACUUGAUUAGAGACUAUCCUCAUCACGAUAUUACAAAAAUCAUGGCUGAUAUCGAAUCACACGCUCACUCUGAGUCCGCUUAUGAGAUGAUGGAUGAUGAUUAUUUGGUUGCUAUCCUUGCUACAGAGGAAGAAGAGCGCGAGUUGUUGACUGACUCCAAUAGAAGAUCAUUUGUAUUUUCAAGUUCGGGAGGUGACGAUGAUGCAGAGGCUGAGCUUACAGUUACUACUGACUUUUCAAAUGAUUAUAAUACACACAAAUUUUUGGACCUCAACAAACCACUACUAUGGCAAGUUUUAUUUGGGAAGUUCACCAAAGAGUUUUAUCUUGAGCAAGUCCAUAAACCACGUCACUAUGGUAAAGGGUCAGCUCCUAUCUUUGGAAACUUCCUUGAACCUCUCACCAAGACUCCCUGGUUUGUGAUUCCAAUUAUUUGGAUCCCCGCUGAUAUAUACUGCAUUUCACUUGCUUUAGAGGGUCUCCAUCCAUUACUUGUAGUAGUUUUCUACACUCUUGGUUUGUGCAUUUGGACUCUUUUAGAGUACAUUUUGCAUCGAUUCUUGUUUCACUUGGACCACUAUCUCCCUGAUAACCAAGUGGCAUUCACCCUUCAUUUCCUUCUUCACGGUGUUCACCACUAUUUGCCAAUGGAUGGGCUCCGUUUGGUCAUGCCACCUGCACUGCUCGUGAUUUUGACUACUCCUCUUUACAAACUAGCACACAUUGUAUUCGCUGAAUAUUACGCCAAGAGUGUAUUUGCCGGUGCUUUUAUGGGUUAUAUUUUGUAUGAUGUCACGCACUACUCUCUCCAUCACGCCAAGCUUCCCAGCGUAAUGAAGACUAUUAAGACCAACCAUCUUGACCAUCACUAUAAGAACUACGAGCUGGGUUUUGGCGUUACUUCGAAGUUCUGGGACCGCGUAUUUGGUACUGAGAUGGUAGAUACCGACAAAAAGUUAUAG